AUGACUCGUGCAGUACGUCUGCAUUCAUCAGUUGAAAUUGUAUCUCUUGUUACUUAUUCAUUACUUCAAGGACAUAAUUUAGACCAUUUGUCGACUGCAAUGUCAUUAAUUAGUACACUAGAAGUCAGCAACGAAGAGCUUGAUGGUGAAUUUCUCUAUGAUCUACUCGAUAAACUUCAAAAUGGUGUUAUAAGAAAACCGGAAAAUUUUAAUAAUCUCCACUUUCUACUAUUUCUACUAUACGAUUCGUAUGGAUAUGCACGUGAUCGAUAUCCUCUAUGGCGUUCGUAUCAUCGUAUAAAAAAGAAAUAUCUCACAGCUAAACAUUUAACAAUCGAUACCAAACAUUCUCGUCAAUAUAUUGCCAAUGCUAUCGAACAUUUAAUUGAUACAAAUGUAACAAUAACAACAUUAAUCGAAGAGUAUGUUCAAGCAGAUUUACAAUAUUUAAAUUCACCAAUUCAUGGCCUAUUCAAUUCUUAUACACCUUUACAUACAUAUUUAUAUAUGGAAAGAGUCGAUAAGCCAAUAAUAAAUGACAAUAUAAAAAUCUAUCAAUUGUUUCAAUCAACCAUUACGAAAUUAUAUCAAAAUCUAUCUUUUGAUUUAAUACAUUUUUCAAUUGCACAUGGAAAAACAAAUUUAUUAAAGAAAAUUUUCAAUGAAAAUACUAAUUGGCUAGAUUUAUCAAUGAAUUUAACAACUGAACGUGGGUGGUUACCAUUACACUAUGCAUGUUACGUUGGCGAUAAAGAUACUGUGAAAACAAUUUGUGACAGUUUAACAGCACCAAAAUCACCGAUUCAUUUCGAUACAAUUUCAUUAUUAAUACCAAAUUUUAAACAAGAAUUGUUUGAGAAAAAUCCAAAUGAAUUUAUACUUAAAGUAUGGGGUGUCGAACAUAGCGCACAUAAAGCAAAACAGCGAAAAUCUCGUGUAAAAUCAUCAAUUGAUAGUCCUCAUAAUCUAUUUACAAAACAGUAUUUUCAACAAAAAUUAAAUUCAAAUACUGACACAAGAGAUCAACCAGCAUUAUCAACCAAUAUUACAAAUGAUAAUGACAUUCCCGAUGCAGAUGAACUUGAAUUGAGUACAUUGCCUCUAAUUCAACGUGAUGAAUUUAUUGACAAACUUUUACAUAUGUGUGAUACAAAACAAAUGCUUAUUCCGUCGCCUCUUACUCUCGCAUGUCUUGCCAUCAAUGGAAACAUUAUUGAUUAUGAAGAAAUUGUUAAAAUCUUACUUGAAUCACAUCUAGUUGAGUUCGAUGGUAUCAAUCAUGAAUGUAUCCUUAAUCAUGUCGUUAAUUAUAUGCAUAGAAAAGAAUAUGCUCGUUUUCAAUGCGUACAAGUAUAUCAUGAUACUGAAACUGAAGGACCAUCGACCUAUGUAUUUUAUCAGUUCGAUGGUUUUAUUGUUAGUCAAGAUACGAAACCUCUUGCAAGUCCAUUAUCAGGUUCAGCAGCAACAUUGAAUACAUCGAAAAAUGAUGAAGCAGAUGAGUCCGAAGGCGAUCGCCCGAGUUCAGCUCCGAUUAGUGUUCGUUGUCUUAUAACUGUUUUAGUUCUUCGUGAUACAUUUCUUCAAUAUCCACGUUGGGAUUUUCAUUUAUUACGUGAAAAUAUUGAAGAACAUUUUUCGGAUUUAGAAAAUGCUCUUGGUUGUCGACCAACAAUACUCUAUCCCGAUGGUGAUAUAAUUUCAUCGCGUAAACGUAGUGAUGCUACAUGGGAAGUUAUUGUUAAAUACCGUUUAAGUUCUGAAACCGGUGAAUCAUUAUAUAUGCAAGUUGAUUAUUUUUUUUUUGAUGCGUUCGGUGAUCCACUAGCUGAUGCCUUAGCGAAUGUUUACCAAACACCAUUCUAUAUAUCAUGCAUGACAGAUUCGACAGUGAUGAUGAAUACAAUAUUUGACUCAUUUUUUAAACGUCGUAAUCUUCAUCGAUGGGGUACAAUAGCUUCAAAACAUUUAGAGCAUUGUUUCGAUGGGAUUUUGCAAACAAAAAAUAAUUGUACAACAUUUUUAUCGUUAUGUUCAACAUUAAAUCAUUAUUAUCAAUUGGAUGGUGAUCCGUUUAUAGAAGAAAAUUCAGCAACAAUACAACGAAUAUUUGUUCAUGCAUUUGCUUGUUGUGUACGACGUAAUGCAAAAAUUGAACUUGAUUAUUUAAUUAAAAAUCAUGCUUUAAUCUAUUAUGAUUCAUGUCGAACAAAACCAAAUGAUAUUCGACAUAACAUUUUAACUUAUUGUGUCGUAAGAAAUUUAGCUGUUGUAUUUGAUCAAUUAAUGACCAAUAUGAAAACAUCGAUGUAUAAAACAUAUCAAAAUUCAACGAAUCCUGAUUGGCAACCACAUAUUGCUUGGAAAGAAAUUAUUCAUGUUAUUAUUGAUCCUGUUUUACAACAACAAAAUGAUUUUACUCAAUUAGCUUGCUAUGGAGAUACAAAUACAAAUGCUACAUCUAUCGGCAAUAUACCUGUACUUCAUGUGACAGACGAAGAAUAUAUUCGAUGUAUUAAUUCAAGAAACACAAUUGUAUCAAAAGCAAAAAGAAAAUUAACUCGAGAGCCAACUGAGCUAAAACGAACACGAGCAAUAACACAUCAAUUGAGUGUCUGCGAUCCGCAUCGAAUGAAGGAUGCUCGUAGUGACUCAAAUGGUCUUACACCAAAUCAAAAAAAUAGAAUUUUCAGUUUACAAAGUAAUGGGAAUAGUUCGGGAGCAGAAAACAAUGAAAAUUUAAUGAAAAAAUCAAGAAAUAUUUUUAAAAAUGUUAAUCGAUUACGUUGGCGUGGUAAAAAUGAACGCCAUAGUACAGGUGGGCUAACAGUGGACCCAUAUCGUUCGAAAAAACGUACAAGUUCACCAACUGCAAUACCGAAAUUCAAUGAAUUAUCAAGACCAUCAGACGUGUUGAGUCUACCUUAUGUUAACGAUGCUGAAUUGAAUGACAAUGAUGAGAAUUCUGAUGCAUCCGAUGCUAAUUUUCUUACAAAACUAAUUUUGAAUCAUCAACUGAAACUUCAUGGUCGUCAAACGAUUGGCGGUGCUCAAACACAAAGACAUUCAUCACAUCAAACAACUCUGCACCAUAUGCAAGCCAUGUUUCGACCUAUUCAGCAUAGAAUAAAAACUCCUAUUGAAUAUGAACAAAUGCCAAUGACUAGAACAAAACGAACUAUGAAAUUACGGCGAACAGCAAGUAUUUGUAAUAAUGAUAAAAAGAACGAUGAAAAAAAUACUGAACAAGAGAGGCAAUACCAAAUACAUCAAGAAUCGAAUACAAUUGCUAUUUCAUAG